AAAAAAAAACUUUUAACCGAAAAGCCCAAAAGCUGAGGGGCAGACUUCAAUCACUCAGCAAAGUAGAGAGCAGACAGCAAUGGAGUCUCAGAAACCAAGUUUCGAACCGUUUCGGCUGUUUUCAUCAUCAGGGUCUGGAUUUCUUGAACAAUCAGAGCCCCCUCUUCCCCCUCUUCCCCCUCCGCCUCCUUGCGUCGAAGUGUUGCCCUCCGAGAUUUUGCCCUCUGUGAAGUACACUGUGGAGCCAGUGGAGUUGGGUGGACUUACUUUGCUCAAGCUUGGUUGUGGUCAUGGACUUCCUGGUAUCUUUGCUUGCCUUGAGGGUGCAGCUGCCAUUCAUUUCCAGGACUUCAAUGCGGAGGUCCUGCAGUGUCUCACCAUACCUAAUGUAAAUUCAAAUGUUCCAAGCUUCCAACGCCCAGCACUGCAAGUUACAAAGUGUGAUGCGGGGACGGAAAUUCGUUUUUUUGCUGGCGACUGGCGUGAAAUCCAUAAGCUUCUUCCCUAUGCACAAAGCAUUGAGAAGGAUCUUAAUGUUAGUACAGGGAAAGGUCUAGAUGCUCAGUAUGAUAUUAUUUUAAUGGGAGAGACAGUUUACUCAAUCUCUGCUCUCCCACAUCUCUAUGAACUCAUAAAGAAGGCUGCCAAGAAGCAUUAUUUUGGAGUCGGUGGGGGAACUCGAAGGUUCCUAUCUAUUGUCGAGAAAGAUGCAUGGUCGCUGAAGUUGCAGAUGGUUCUUCUAAUGUCCAAGAGGUACGGAAGCUUUCGUUUACGCAGGCAUGGAAUUCAUGUGGAUGAAACACUGUCCUUAUUUUUCAAUUCAUGUGGAAUUCAUUUGGCCACUUACCUCCUAUAUGAAGAAUCAAAUAUUGUAAUCGAAAUUAGAAGAAGCAAAUGUUACAGUUGUUAGGCUAUAUUCAGACAAGAAGGAUGUAGGGAAUAUUUGGUCAUUAGAUAAUUUCCCUCCUCUAAACCUCUUUUAUUUUUCUUUUGAUUUACUGUGUCCUAUGUAAUGCAAAUCCUUACUUUUUCAGUCCAAAAAUAGAAGUUUUUCUUUAAUUA